UGAUUUUAUAUUUGACGUUUUUAUUUCAAAGAAUGGAACAUAUUUUUAUAUAAUUCUUGAUUAUUGAGAAACAUGAAUAUUCUCUCCAUAAUACCUAUUUUCGGACUCAUCUUAUUGCAAUCUUGUGGUUCAAGAGGUCAAAAACAAAGUGAUGCACCGAUUCGUUAUAUUAAUAACACGUUUUGUAAAAUUCCCGAUCUAAAUCAAUGGGAAAUGAAAAUGUUUUACGAACCGAAAGCUUACAUUCCUUGUGAAACAAUUCCACCUUUGGUUAAACUAGAAAAAGACGAUGAAUUUUAUUUCCUUGCUGUCGACACUUCCGCAGUGCAAUUUUACGCUGAUUCAAUGGAUAAAAUUAGUUGUGUGAUCAGUAAUAUUAGUAGAGGAAUUAAUACUCAAUUACCAGAUCAAACAAUGCGGGAAUCAAAACCAGUUCCUUUUGAUUCAACUACAAGAUCGGAAAUGAUAAAAGAUACCGUUAGAGUAAGAUGUUAUAUAGCUGAGAAACCACCUAGAAUAGUGUAUGAAAAUGUUUUCGGUGCUUACGUUCGUUAUAACAUUAUAACCAGAGGCCGGCCCUUAGCUAAACAACCGUACAACAUUUUGAUGAUCGCUUUGGAUAGUGUUUCAAAAUAUUCUUUUCCAAAAUUGUUACCAAAAACUUUCGAGUAUCUAAAUAAGAUUAAUUUUAAACAAUUAUACGGUUAUACGCAAUUAGACAACGAUGCUCUAACAAAUAUUAUUCCAAUUUUAUCGGGAUAUUCGAUUAAAGACGCUAUGAAACAUUUUGGAACUCCAUUGAAAACAUUUUUUGAUACCUACGAGUUUUUAUGGCACGAUUAUAGAAAGUACGGUUAUGCCACGAUUUUCGCUGAAGAUUUCAGUAACGCAAACACGUUUAAUCGACAAUAUAAAGGCUUUUGGAGUCAACCGACCGAUUAUUAUUUUCGAGCAUUAUCCGUCGCAUCUGAUUUAUUAAAUUCAACAAAGUUAGAUAACAUGCCGCAUUGUACGGGACCUGAAAAUUCCGCUGAAAGAAUCUUAAAAUUAGCAUCAAACGCAACUGGUGCAUUUCGUAAUCGGCCUUAUUUUGGUUUAUUUUGGUUUAACAGUUUUAGCCACGAUGAUUAUAAUGCUCCAAGAAGAAUGGACGAGAAAUUAAAGAGAUUUUUUCAAGACAUCUACCCCAAUUUGAACAAAACUAUCGUUUUUUUCUUUAGCGAUCACGGAUACGAUAAAGAUUCGAUAACCGAGCAAAAAUACGGCGCUUAUGAAAGUAAAUCUCCGUUUCACUUCGUUUAUUUACCUCAAAUUUUCGAAAUGAGUCAUAAAGAUCUCGCACAUCAGUUUGAUAAGAACCGCUUUACACUAGUUUCACCCUAUGACAUAUUUUGUACUCUCGAAGAUAUAUUGAGUUUAUCCGGAACGAAUCAUUAUGCUCGAAAAUCGAAAAGCUGCAAACAUUGUAGGAGCUUGUUUAAGGAGAUUUCCAUGAAAAGAAAUUGUAAAUCUAUCGGUGUGGAUGAAGAAUGGUGUAUUUGCGUUGUGGAUGAAGCAAAGUUAAGAACGCCCGGAAAUAUCGCUAAAGACGAUAAUUCUAAAAUUCAUGAACGGUCAGAAGCAAUCACAACAAAAUCUACAGCAUUUUACUUAUUUUUAUAUAUAUUUUAUUAUUUUUUAAAUCAUUUUUGAUCAUAAAUAGCGUUUAAAACGACAGAAUAAAAUGUAUGUAAAGAAACUA